AUGGGCCGUAAACUCGCAAGGCCGCUAGGCGGCCCGCGGCCCGCCGAUCCGGGAACGAAUCGCGAACGUAAGAAAAAACCGCUCGCAGAAAGAAGCAGCAGCCUACUGGAAAGAGGCCGAGGGGCUCCAAAUCCCGCGCGGCCGCCUAAAAAACGCGACGGCAGGAGGCGCGCGAAGCGCGCCGCAGGCCGGCGGCCCGCAACGGCGAAACAAGAAGCUCGCGCAGAUCGGGCGGCCGAGAUCGAGAAGGCGGGGAAGAAGCCCGACAAGAAGGCGAACAGGGUUUCGGUGCCGGCUCCGAAGGUGACGGGGGCGGAGCUCGAGAGGAGGAGGGAGGAGGAGAGGAUGAGGUUGAUGAGGAAUGCAGAGGAGGUUAAGAAGAGGGAGAAGAGGGUGGCUGAUGAGGAGGAGUAUGAAAGGAUUGUUCUUGUGAGUAAUACGAAUAGGGAUGAUUCGUUGAUCGAGGCACAUUCGGUUGAUGAGGCUAUUGCCAAGAUUUCGAUCGGGGAGGGAGCUCUGCCGCCGGAUAGGCACCCAGAGAGGCGGCUCAAGGCCUCAUUUAAGGCUUUUGAAGAAGCUGAGCUUGCGAAGUUGAAAGAAGAGAAGCCGGGGUUGACUCUGAAUCAGUACAAGGAUAUGAUAUGGAAGAUGUGGAAGAAAUCACCUGAUAACCCUCUCAAUCAGGUUGCUGAGUGAUGCGGGCAUCUAUUUAAGCGUAGAGGUUAUUCAGCUACUAAGAUGAUAUGGCUCAUCUCUUCAUAAGUUGUUCCGCAUACACAAAAGAGACACUGCACAAAGGGAAAAAAAAAGAGAGAAAUCUAUUCUUAGAUAUAUAUGCUGGAGAAUAAACAGUUCUUAUGUUGUAUAGUCAGGAGUUGUACACUUGACUUUACAGCAGUGAAUCUGAAAGUAACACCGGUUCUGUCCAUUUUCGCCUUUUUGCUAAUUUGAGAGGGGGAGAGAGACCUUAACAAUCUAGUUUUUUUGUAUACGCUGAAGCAAGUGCUUGUCCUCAGAAGUAACUUGUUGAAGAAUAUAUAUUACUGCUGUUUGUGGAACAUGGAAGUAGAACUUAUCAUAUGAAUGAAAGAUCAUAAAAUGUAGUUAAGUUUCUUC